UUGCAGGUAGCGAUCGACCAAUCGCAAGCCGCCGCCGGCCGAAGGCGACGUUGUAAACAUUCACGCCCGACAUUCAAACUUUUGACAUAUUCCGCCGCAACAAAUAGUUCCACUGGCGUUUUUCACUUUCCUAGUUCCGCUAACCUGUUUUCUGUUCGCGUUUUUACCGGAAUACUUCCCGAUAUUUUCCUGGAGCAAAUUCGUAGGAGUACAGUGGCGUUUUUGGUAUAAAAUCCCGGCAUAGGGCGUAGGAAUAUUUACUGGUUUAUGUCGUAGCCGCACCGUUGCGCUUGGCUGUAGCAGAAUCUGCCCCCUCCCCGCGUUCCCCUGCGCUAAACAAAACGACAAAACGAAACAGUUGGCUGGUGCACUUCGUCGUGAGACGUCGUUAUAAGUUGAGGCUGUGCGUCGACGUUAUUUCGUCUUAGUGUUCUAAAAUCCUUAAAAAUCACAAUGGCUGACCAACUCACCGAAGAACAAAUCGCCGAAUUCAAAGAGGCGUUCUCGCUGUUCGACAAAGACGGCGACGGUACCAUCACCACCAAAGAAUUAGGAACUGUUAUGAGGUCCCUGGGCCAGAACCCCACGGAGGCCGAACUACAGGAUAUGAUCAACGAAGUCGAUGCCGACGGUAACGGAACGAUCGACUUCCCCGAGUUCCUGACGAUGAUGGCGCGCAAAAUGAAGGACACCGACAGUGAGGAGGAGAUCCGCGAGGCGUUCCGCGUCUUCGACAAGGACGGCAACGGUUUCAUAUCGGCGGCGGAACUGCGCCACGUCAUGACCAACCUCGGCGAGAAACUGACCGACGAGGAGGUGGACGAGAUGAUCAGGGAGGCGGACAUCGACGGCGACGGCCAAGUCAAUUACGAAGAGUUCGUCACCAUGAUGACCUCAAAGUGAAGAAGCCAACGUUUUGCAUUUCAGCUUUCCAUUGUUUCACCUCGGCCCGUCAAACAACAUUAUAACAACAUCAACAACAAAACAACAUCAACCUACCACACACACUUCUCUUCUAUCACACGCGCGUCACCGUUGAGGAGCGUCGCGUUGCGCUUGCGCAAAAAAGUUGGGCGUGGCCGGGCCAAAAAUUACGUGAAUAACUUUAAAUCGUUAUUUAUUUUACAACAGAUACUUUUCUUAUUAUCGAUUGAUUCGUAAUUAUAAUAAUGUUUAAUAAUAAUAAAACAAAAUGAUUCUUAAAUUAUUGUGUAAAUUUUUGUAAUAUAACGUAGGUAUUUCUGUUUUUUUUUCGAGUGCCCUGUCUAGUACCACUAUUAAAUACAUUAUCGCACAGAUAGUUAUUGUUAGUGGAUACAAGAAGGGUACGAUAUUAGGAAAAAAAACUAUUUAAUCAAGAUUCUUUCAUAUAUUUGUGAUCCAAUCUUACAAGAAUGAAAAAAAAAUUAAAAAAACGUGCACUUAUAUUUAGAUCGUAUUUCCUUCCCUUGUUCCAGUUCAUUUUAGUUUCUUUCAUAACUUAUUAUCUUUAAAAUAAUCUAUAUAAAUCUAUUUCUAAAAACUCCUGAUGUUUAAACUUUCUCUAAUCGCCUAUGUAUUAUUUUGUAGUAUUGUUUUUUUUAUAAACUUUUAACUUGUGAUUAGUCUUACAUAGAAAAAAGUUACGUUUAAAUAUCAGGAGGUCUAUAAUAAUAUAUGCAUUAAUAUUAAUUUUUAUCUUUUUUUUUCUCUAUUCUUUUAAAACAAUGUACUGUAAUAAUGUGUAAGUUUUUAAUUUUAGUAUUUAAAGGUUAAAAAACGUAUGUCUUAAGAUUUUUUCCCUCUUUCGGUUUUAUCUUAAUGCGGAUUCUUAUCUUUUUACUUAAAAACAAACGAAAACAGAAAAAGUAUAGACGAGUAACUGGAGUUAUGUGAAAAAAAACUAUUAGAUGUUUAAAAAUUUAAACUAAAAAGAAAAAUUAAUGUGACUUAGAGAACUGUAUUCGUUUUGAUUUUUCCUUUUUACUGUAAUAGAGCAUCUUGAUUUUUUUUCAGAAGACAUAAUGUAGGAUGUUUACUCGUAAAUCUUUUAUGUUGUUUAUUUAUUUAAAAUAAAUCUAAAACGAAA